UUAUAUUUUUUAUAUAUUCUAUAUUUAUUUUUAUACUCAGUAUAUUAUCAAAUGGAAACUUGCGUCAGAGGAUUUUCAUUUAUGCCAGAAAAUAAAGUUGAAGUUGUCGAAUUAAAGUUCGUAGAGAGUGAAGAUUUAGAGAGAACAUGGAAAGCCGAGAGACGGGAACGGCUCAAACAUCAGGAGCAAAAGAUUUGGGAGGAAUUUGUAAAAGAACAAGAUAUUGUUCACAGCUUAUGUAAAGAUGAUCCUUAUCAGUUUGUGGAACGGCUGCCGCAAGAAUGUAUCAAGGAACUCCUUGACUCAGAACUACAGAAGAUGAGACAAGAAAAAAUAGAAGAAUUAGAACUAAAGGAGCAGCCGGCAGUCCAAGUUGAACCUCCUAACAACCAGCACGUGGUGACCUUCGUUGAAGACUCGGAAGAAGACAUCAAUACAUAUGACGAUGAGAAAGAUGAUGACGAUGUGUCCGGUCCCGAAGAUGAAUUACUGAAUGACUCAAUGAGUCCUCCACUCACUGUGAGGGAGAGAGAUGUACCCUCACCCGAUAAAAUAUCUACUGAUGGGAAAUCUUCUAACGAGAAUGUCUCUGACGUCAUCGAGGGCAGUAUAUAUUGCGCUAAAAUAAAGGACCUGCGGAUGAAGAUCAUCGACGAGCUUAACAAUAUUAUGUCGACUCUGUCCCUGGUGCCCGUCCUGGAUAUAGACCCGGCAGCCCUGCCAGGCGCCAUGAAGAGAGCCAAGGAGUUCAGCUCCAGGUACCAGAGGAUACACCUGUACCAGCUACAGAGACAGAUAUCCGACAUAGAGCGGAACAACAGUAAGGCUCUACCUUUCGCCGCUCGGACACACUUCCAGGCACAGCUAUGUAGAGUCGCCUCGGUACAUAGCAACCUCCUGCACGCUCUGCAGGUGUUCGUGAAGGCGGUCCCUCAGACGGCGUGUGUGUGUGAGUGCGUGUCGGUGCUGCGCGGCGUCUCGUCCGCGGCGCGCCAGGUCACGGUGGCCAGCGAGGCCGCGCGGCCCAGGGGACUCGGCGCCGCGGACACCCUGUACAUUGAUGCGAUGGACGAGACGUGCGGGAAACUCAUGGAGACGCUGGACGAGUACGAGGCCAAGGUCACGGACUACAUGCACAGUACGGUGGACACGAGCGUGUCUAUGACUCGGAAGUCAAGAGUGAGUAAGAAGUCCGUCGGCAGCUGGACCAGGUCGGGGAGAUCAUUGUUGUCCGCGGCCGAGGCUCGCCUGUCCAUGUACUCCCUGGACACGAGGUUCACACUGCACAAGUCCACCAGCUCCCGGGAACACUCCAGCGGGACGUCCAGGCAGCAAGCGAGCAUCGGCGCUAAAGGAAAACAGGUCGCUGAAAAAGAAACUCAAAAUAAAACCCCGAAGAAAUUGACGAGCGGCCGUCGUCCAUUGAUGCGCGCUCCGAGCUCGUUGCCUCGCCCGCGUGUGCCCCGCGACCAGGACGUGCCGACUAUGGUUGAGACCGUGGCGUGUGCGUCCAGCCAUAUCAGCAACGAAGGCAGUCCCAUGUUGAGCCCGGGGAGUAGGAACACGACGCCGAGGAGGAUAAGCAGGGAGACGACGCCGCGGGUCCGGCUCUAUAGUAACAGAAUAGUAGGGGAGAAUACGAAACAUAACAGGAAGGGGGAGACGGGCGGGAAGGAUACGAGCAGGAGUCUCAGCGAACCGAAGACUGAGGGCCGCAGGCAGGCGGAACACACACCCACCAGCGACAGAAGGAGCCCCGCGAGGGAGAUGAAAGAUGUGAAACAGGAAACGGGGGAAAGAGAGAGAUGUCCCACUGGUCAUGUGGAGGUCGGGAGUAGUAGAGAAGACGCCAAGGAAACGGAGAGAACUAAGAGAGAAGAAGAGAGGAUGACUAAGAGCCCCGAGCAUCAAGUAGCCCCAGCCAACCUUGAGGUGACCAGGCUGCUUCGACAGCUGUGCGGCGGAGACGGUGCCGGAAGCCGCAAUGAGAGAGUCUCCGGUACAAAGAACGCUCAACUGUUGUGCAUCAGCGGCGGCAGUCCCAGACAGCACAGCACUCCGCAAUUGUUGAGGAUCCUAGAAGAGACGAUCCAGAAGAAGGCACCGAAGACUUUGUUCCCGAAGUCGCUGUCAGCUCGCGACAAGGAUCGGUACCGCAUGACCUUCAACAUCCCGGACAGUACCCUGGACAACAUGUUCCAAUACCGGACCAAGUUCGUACAACACAUGCUCACCAGCCCCAUGUACGCUAACAGUUCGGUGGGCAAGCCUUGGGAGAAGAUCGGCAGGGUGUCAGAGCAAAUCAUUGAUGACCUACUUCUUAGUUGCGCCAAAGAAAUGGAGUUGCAGAGUUUUCUUAAAGAUUUAUAUAAAAGUGAAACUAGUUGAUUGUGUGUUUUUGUUCAUUAAAAUAAAAUUUCCUAUGUACAUAA